UCUUUAAAAACUUACGUGUUUCUGGGGCGCGUGUUGAAAGUGGUGCAGACUGGGAAACGCCGUAAGCAACACAUUGACCGUUUCGGCUAGCUUAAGUAGCUGAAGAGACCAAGAUUUAUUACAAAAUUGAAUCGUUUACGGUGAAGAUCUGUACAAGCCAUGCCUCCUAAGAAGACCGCAAAGAGACAGUUGGAUAUCAAGCCAGAGGAAUCUGCAAAGACAGCAAAAAGUCCCAAGAAAGCUAAAGUCUCCCACAGCAGCCAUGGGCAGGAGAAGGGCCUGGUCCUGGUUCUGGGCCAGGGAGAUGUGGGUCAGUUGGGACUGGGAGAGGAUGUCAUGGAGAGGAAGAAGCCUGCUCUGGUGAACAUCCCCGAGGGGGUGGUGCAGGUGGCAGCCGGAGGCAUGCACACAGUCUGUGUCAGCGACACGGGCAGCGUCUACACGUUCGGCUGUAACGACGAGGGAGCCCUGGGCCGGGAGACGUCUGAGGAGGGUUCUGAGACGGUGCCGGGGAAGGUGGUCCUAGAGGACCGGGUGGUGCAGGUGUCGGCAGGAGACAGCCACACAGCCGCUCUCACUGAGGACGGCACCGUGUACCUCUGGGGCUCCUUCAGGGAUAACAGUGGAGUCAUCGGCCUGUUGGAGUCCAUGAAGAAAUGUGCCCUGCCUGUCAAGGUCCCAAUCAAAGAACCUGUGGUGAAAAUAGUCUCAGGUAACGACCACCUGGUGAUGCUGACGCUGGGUGGAGACCUCUUCACGUCGGGCUGUGGCGAGCAGGGGCAGCUGGGAAGGGUGCCGGAGUUCUUUGCAAACAGAGGAGGCAGGAAAGGGCUGUCCCGACUGCUGGAACCCCAGUUGGUGAAGGUCCGGUCCAGGGCCAAAGUUCACUUCACGGAUGCCUUCUGCGGGGCCUACUUCACCUUCGCCGUGUCUAAGGAGGGCCACGUCUACGGCUUUGGACUGUCCAAUUACCACCAGCUGGGAACCAAGAGCGUGGACACGUGCUUCGCCCCGGAGAAACUGACCUGCUUCAAGAACUCCACCACCUCCUGGGUGGGCUUCUCCGGCGGACAGCACCACACGCUCUGCCUCGACUCCAACGGCCAGGCAUACAGCCUGGGCCGGGCGGAGUAUGGCCGCCUGGGGCUGGGCGCGGGCACAGAGGAGAAGAGCGAGCCCACACCGGUGCCUGGCGUCGGGCCCGCCCAGGGAGUGGCGUGCGGCGCCUCCGUCAGCUACGCCGUGACCAAGCAAGGGUCGGUGUACUCCUGGGGCAUGGGCACCAACCUGCAGCUUGGCACGGGGGAGGAGGACGACGAGUGGAGCCCCGUGGAGAUGUCGGGGAAACAACUGGAGAAGCGCGCAGUGCUGGCCGUGUCCAGCGGGGGGCAGCACACUGUCCUGCUGGUCAGAGAUGAGCAGGAGAGCUGAUGGUCACCCCUGCAGCCUGUAGAGGGGUGACCUUGGUGUGUACCAGCUGUGUUGAGUUCUUGCGUGCGGGAGGGGGGGGGGGGGUGUAGCUGAUGUGACUUACUCCACAGAUCCAAGCCUUGGAGGGAACAGGGUCUUGUUGAGGGAUCGGGGUCUUGUUGAGGGCGCGGUUUGAAACUAGCUCCCAGUUACGACAGCUCUUGGCUCUAACAAAAACCCUAAACAUCUUCGGAUGUGGUUCAGUUGAUCAUGAUAAACACGAGAAAGAAACUAUUUUUUUAAAUCUAGAUUUUUUUUUCUUUUCUUUUUAUUACAAAUCUUUAGUGUGUGUGUGUGUGUGUGUGUGUGUAUGAUUGUAUGAGGGAAAAUGAUCAACAAGCUUUUUAAUGAAUGAGUCCACCGUCUUUUAAAGAUUUCCAUAUUCCUCAGAGCAAUACAAGUUCUGACACAAGUUCAGAAGAGCAUUCUGGCAUUAGCCCCACGAACCUGAAUCUGCUCCUUGUACCCCUUGCACACUCAUUAGGUUGUACUAGUUCUAAAAUGUACUGCAUACUGUAUCACACUGUUUGCUUAUGUGAAAUUAAAAGUCCAACUUUGUUUACA